AUGGACCGGAACAAGCUCGUGCAGAUGCUCGUGGACGUGGACACGAACAAGGUGCGGCACGCCGUCCUGGGGGAGGACGGGUCUUUGAACGCGGUGAGCGACGUCAACAGUAUCUUCGUGGACCGAAAACAGGUGCAAGACUAUCGCCACGAACGCCGUCGCAAGCUGAACCGGCACACCAAGACGAACGUGUACGUGAUGUCCACCAUGAACGAGAACGCGAACACGAACCCAUACACGGAGGACGAGACGGGCGAGGACAUACAUAUGGUCCUGGGCUGCUGCAAGUGCGACACGACGGUCGUGGUGUUGCGUAACGACUCGAAGCUGGUGACGGACCCGGACGCCAGGAUGUUCAGGGCCCACGUCGUGCUCUGCACGUGCACCGGGUGCGCGAACCUCAACACGACCACGACGCUCCUCCCGGUCACGACGAUCUCCGGCAGCGCGCUCGACAAUAAGAUCAGGAGUAUGUUCACGGCCUGGGUGAUAUACGGGCCCACCAAGGGCGGCGCCGAUGUGAUCGCGUACAAGGUCCUGACGGUCGACGGGUUGAUGGACGACGAGGGGGUUGUGGCCAGGUUCGUGAGAGGACCACCACCCGGGUCAGGAAGACGCUGA